AUGGGUAACCUUCAAAUUAUCUGUGUUUUACUCUUUUCACUUUUUUUGGCAAAAUGUUACUCUCGGGAAGAUUUUCUCCGGUGUCUUUUUAAAUCCUCUGAAUCCAACGUUACCCAAAAUAUUUACACCCCAAAUUCUCUAACUUAUUCAUCUAUCCUGAAAUAUGCUCAAAAACAUUCAAGAUGGGUGAAUUCAUCACAACCAAAUUUCAUUGCAUCCCCUACAAAAGAAUCAGAAAUCAAGCCUGUUAUUCUUUGUGCUAAGAAACUAGGCUUGCAAAUUAAAAUAAAAAGUGGUGGCCAUGACUAUGAAGGCAUAUCUUAUCGCUCUGAAUUCCCGUUUGUUAUGCUUGAUUUAAGCAAUCUUAACAAAACCGAGAUUGAUUUAAAUGAAGAAACAAUUUGGGUUCAAGCAGGAGCCACCCUUGGCCAACUUUACUAUGCAAUUGCUAAUCAAAGUAAUGUGCAUGGUUUUCCUGGAGGUAUCUGUUUCAGUGUUGGCACCGGAGGGCUUAUUAGUGGUGGAGGGUUAGGCACUAUGAUGAGAAAAUUCGGGCUUGCAGCUGAUAAUGUUGUGGACGCUCGUGUAAUGGAUGUAAAUGGAAAUAUUCUUGAUAGAAAGAAAAUGAAAAACGAUUUAUUUUGGGCAAUAAGAGGAGGCGGAGGAGCAAGUUUUGGUGUCAUUUUGGCAUGGAAACUCAAACUUGUUCGUGUUCCGGAGAAGGUUACGGUUUUCACUGUUUGCAAGAAGUUUGAUGAUAACCAAAAUCUCAUCCUAAAAUGGGAAAACAUCGCACAUCAAUUACCUGAUAAGUUAGUUAUCCGAGUAGUUAUACAAAAUGAUGGAACAGGGAAUGACAAGUAUGUUGAAAUGCGUUUUCAAGCGUUAUAUCUCGGACCUGUUGAUGAGUUAAUUCCAUUGCUCAAAGAAAAAUUUCCUGAAUUUGAUUUGGAGAAAAAAGAUUGCCUCCAAGCGCCUGUUGGGGAUCGUAGUAACAGGUCUUGCAUUAAUAAAGAGUGUCGUGAAACUUCCUGGAUUGGAUCAGUUUUGUAUUUCUAUGAAAGGGAGACAACUUCGUCGCUUGAAGUUUUGCUAAAAGAGAGUAUUCCAAAACAGAAGAGUUAUUACAAAGGGACAUCUGAUUUUGUGAAGACUCAAAUUUCGGAAAGUGGUUGGGAAAUGGUAGAAAGACUGCUUUUGGAAGAAGAAAGUCCUCGGAUAAUUUUGGAGCCAUUAGGUGGGAAACUAGACGAAAUAUCAGAAUCUGAAAUUCCAUUCCCUCAUAGAAAGGGAAAUUUGUAUAAUAUUCAGUACUUGGUCUACUGGCACGAUAACAACGAGAACGUGUCAAGCCAGAAAAUAGCAUGGAUGAGGAAAUUAUACAAGGAAAUGGAGCCAUAUGUUGCAAACUCUCCAAGAACUGCUUAUCUGAAUUACAGGGAUCUUGAUUUUGGAUCAAACGAUGACGACUACAGCUAUUCAAAGGCCAAAAUAUGGGGUGAAAAGUAUUUCAACUGCAAUUUUGAGAGAUUGGCUAAAGUGAAAAGUAAGGUGGAUCCCAACAAUUUCUUUAGAACUGAACAAAGCAUUCCACUUUAUCAAACAUACUGAUGGUUGAAGAAAACAGGAUUGCAUGCAAGGGCAGAAAAUAAAAGUCCAAGUUGGUUGAAGUUUUAUGAAGAUUAAUUCCUUGGAAAGUCA